UAAAGCUACAUCCCCAACUUUUUCUCUCACACAGGCACAAGUUCUUACUGGCCCUGGUUUCUCUGUCUCUUUGUCUCUCUCUGUCUUUCUGCAUCUCUCUCUCUCUCUCUCUCUCUCUCUCUCUCUCUCUCUCUCUCUCUCUCUCUCUCUCUCUCUCUCUCUCUCUCUCUCUCAGAAUGACAGUCCUCAGUACAACUAUUGGUAUCAUAUUCUUUUUACUUCACUCUUCUUCUGGAGAAAGUGGCUGCGGAAAAGAUGAUGGAUUUGAAGAUGAGGAACAAGAUGACUACGAAUUCACUUGCUACAGUCAACUGCAAGGCCAUGGCCAGGAACACACUCUGACCUGUUAUUUCAAUAAUUUGACACUCCACAGCAAUGAUUUGGAGCUCAAGCUAUGCGGUGCAUUUAUGUCUGAACCACAAUGCGAGAUGAUGAUAAAAAGGGAAAAUGAUUAUUUUAUGAAAUCAAGAUCAUUUUCAUUGAUUAACACAUGUGAGAUCAACGUGAUUCUUGGAAGAAGCAAGGUGAAUUACAAAUCAUUUAAGAUUACCAAAAUAGUUAAACCUGAAGCUCCUUUUGACUUAAAUAUCACCUACCGCAAGGCAGCAAAUGACUUUGUGCUAACAUUCAGUACAACGCACUCGUGGAAUGACCACUAUGUAAAAGAAUUAAUCCAUGAUAUAGCCUAUCAUCAAGAAAAAAGCCAAAGUGACUGGACGCAUAUAAGGUCAUCCUAUCCUCAUAUAACACUUCUGGAGAGAAAGCUACAACCAAAUUCAACAUAUGAGGUUAAAAUACGAUCAUUUCCUGGUGGAGAGUAUUUUUCAGGAUACUGGAGUGAUUGGAGCCCCACUGUAUACUUCAGAACACCAUUGAGACCCAAAGCAGAGGAGCUGGAUUUUGUCAUGCUCUUCAUCAUCACUCUGAGCUUCUCCUCUGGGAUCCUGGGGAUUGUUGUGAUCUGUUUGCUUUGGGAAAAAAGAAUUAAACCUGUUUUGUGGCCCAACCUCCCUGACCACAAGACGACUCUGGAACAGCUGUGUAGGAAACCACAAAAGAAUUUCAGUAAUAGCUUCAAUCCAGAAUGUUUUCUGGAUGAUAAGAUUCAUAAAGUAGAUGGCAUUCAAUCCAAAGAAGAGGUGGAAGGCUUUCUGCAAGUCUCACUCCCCCAAGAUAUCAAUGCAGCAGAGAAGUUUGGGCUCAGCCCUGACUGGCCAUCUGAGAAUAACAUCAUCCCACCAGUGGCUUUUGGAGGAAACUCGCCCCCAACUUGUCUGGACGGGAACUUCAAUACAUGUGACCUUUCUGUGCUCAUGGCUUCUAAGUCACCCAAUCAGCAGGAGAAUAGCAAAAAUGAAGCUCAUUCCUGUGGAGGCCUGCUCCUUAGCUCUGAUUCCAGAAAUAGUGCCCUGGUAUUCCCUUUUCCACUCAAACUAGGAGUCUUGUCUCCAAAUCCAACUGCCCCAGGACAACCCAUCAAUGCCGACCUGAGGUUAAGUCAAGAGGAAGCAUAUGUCACCAUGUCCAGCUUCUACCAAAACAAGUGAACCUUAAAAAGUCUUUGAUUUGAGCAUCACAGCCAAUAGAGAUGACAAAAGGGGCUGUAUAAAACCCCUAUUUCCCAGCCUGAAUCAAGUCUCUGAUAAAAAGACACAACAUAAAAAGGAAAAAGAAAUUUUUCUAUUUCUCAUGCAUCUAAAUAUACCAAAUUUGGGAACACCUCGUUGGCCAUACUCUAGUCAAGUGACACUUUCAUCUAGCAAGAUUAGAGUACCCUUGCUCCUAUGGUGAAUGAUUUCAGAAACAAAUUAUCAAGCUAUUCUAUUCUUUGAAAAGGAAGAGGAAGAGAAAAGGAGGAAGGGGAAAGGAAAAGACAAAAAAGAGAAUGGGAAGGAGGAGAAAAAAAGAGGAAAGUAAUAAAAAAAAUGAGGCACAAGUCAUGGAUGAGACUCACAAGUAUAAACCUGUGAUGCACUCUCAUAAUUGGAAACCAGCAGGUACAGAAAUUGAGAAUAUCAAAGAUACUAGACCAUUCUGGCUUUUCUCCCAGCUGCUCUGAGCCACCUGUUGUACACAGUUUUGUAGUUUACCAUUUAACCACAGACAGUUUCUGGCAGUGGAAAUACCACCCUCAAACCAGGCCUGUCACAUCUUGGGGAUAUACUAUAAUUCUUUUUUCCCUUUUUUUAUUUAGAAUAUUUUUCCAUGGUUACAUGAUUCAUGAUUUGCCCCCUCCUCUUGCCCCACUCUUUCCUCCCCCCUCCUGAAUCCAACGAGCAAUCCACUGGGCUAUACACGUGUCAUUUUUUCAAAACCUAUUUCCAUGUUAUUCACAUCUGCACUAGAGUGAUCCUUUAACAUCAAAACCCCAAUCAAAUCCCUAUUGAACUACACGACUGAUCACAUAUUUUUCUAAUGCAUUUUUGGUUCCACAGUUCUUUCUCUGGUUAUGGACAGUAUUCUUUCUCCUAAGUUCCUCUGGAUUGUCCUGGGUCAUUGCACUGCUGCUAGAAUAUCCUUGAGUUCUAAGAAAGAAGGAACAUAAGUUGUUUGCUUGUUUGUUUGAUUUUCUGGAAGAAGCCAUGUCUGUAGAGUCUGAAAAUACAAAAUGGAAAGGACCUUCAAGACUGAAACAUUGAAUCACCAAAUCUCAGUAUUGAAAAGCACCUUAGCAAUCAUCUAGGUCAAACUUUCACUCAAUUCUCUACAGUUUGAGGAAACCACUCGCUCAUUGGCAACCUGUUCCAUCUGGGGGCAAAACAAGCCUCUUCCAUUUUUCUAUAAUAGUCUUCAAGUUGAAAUUGAAUAUUGGCAGGAAAAAAACAGUAAUGAUUUCUGAAUUACCAAGAGUAUGGGGUUCACUGUAACCUGUUAUUAUCAAAGUUGGUAACCAUUACUGAUUCUCAGAAGAAAUCUCAUUGCUAAAGCCUGGAUGUCAGGACAUUUCAGUACACAGAGUAGAUGAAUAAACCUUUGUGUUUGCACUAGUGAGUCAACAACCUGCAAUUAUCUACAAAUUAUCCUGACCUUCCACAAACUUAGAAAAUGGCCAUAAUCUUAAGAAGUAUGAUGUGCUUAUUGGUAGUUUAGAAGUUCUGGCCAUGUUAGGGAUCUUCACUGGAUAUCCUUGGAAGUUGCAAGGUGUGGACACUUUAGAAAGUUUGCUUUAAUCUCUUAUCUAGCUCAAUUUGGUGGAAAUGUAAGCACAUGUAGCAAACUACAAGUAAAUAAGGAAUAUGCAGAUAUAAGAAUUCAUCCAGAUUUCAGAGACUGAGAUUAGAGCAGCUAGCCAUUGGGAUUCUCCAUUUGCUGCUGUCCCCAUUCCCUCUCCUUUUAGAGCCUUAUAUCCCUCGAUAUAAGGCUAAGAGACUAAUGGGAGAAAGGUGAAACUGGGGAAUUAAUAAAUCUAGGUCAUCCUCUCUUCUAGAUAGUUCAGUGCCAUGGUGAUGAUAAUAUUACUAUUUUACAUUGCUGUUACAUUUUGUACAACUGUCUGUAGCAUCUAUUUUUUCUGUUGAACCUCUAAACAACUCUGUUUAGGUUGGUAUUGUUAUUCCCAUUUGAGAGAUGCAGAAAACAAGACACAGACAUGUCAAGUAAUUGGCCCAAGACCAAACAUCAAGAUGGUAGUAGAGUAGGUACAAGAACCCAGGUGUAAGGAUGUCUACGUAGUAAACUGGAGCAAAGAAGAAAUGGAUUGUUUUCUGGACUGAACCCAAAUACUGGAGUACAGGACCUCUAAGACAUCUUCUUUCCUUCAUCCUUUCUAUAAUUCUACAAUUUGAUACAAUAUGCUAUCAUUUGAAACAUUGAGCAUAAGUGAAAAUAGACAUGUUUGAAAUCAGAUAAGACCCAUACUCCUUACUGUUUGGAAGGGUGAAACUGGUGGAUGAUUUGUAUUUCUGAAUUCCAAGCUACAUUAGGACUAAAAAACAACUGGGCAUCUGCACUGUCUGCAACCAAUGUGGUGGGCUCUCCAUGAGGGAAGGGCCAUCAGGCUACCUAAGGAGGGAUGUAUGGGCCAAGGUUGGAAAUGGAGUGGGACAAUGUUUCUAUGGAUAGGAAGAAGGGAAGAAAUCAAGAAGGAAGGAAGGAAAGAAAGAAAGAGAGAAAGGGAGAGGGAGAGAGAAGAGGGAGUGAGGGAGUGAGGGAGAAAGGAAGGUAGGAAGGAAGGAAGGAAGGAAGGAAGGAAGGAAGGAAGGAAGGAAGGAAGGAAGGAAGGAAGGAAGGAAGGAAGGAAGGAAGGAAGGAAGAAGGGAGGGAGGGAAGGGAAGGGAGAAAAGAACAAAGAAGCCACAUUUAUUAUUCAUUAUUAUGAAGAACAUGAUAAUUACAUGUAUAAUUGCUGCUAAUGCUUGAUGCACUUACUGACUUGCACCAUACUGUGUUUAAAUAUAAACAGUCUCUUUCCCUGUUGAGAUAGAAAGUCUACCCAAUCUUUUACAGACUUUUGAAGGCAGGAAAGACUUCAGGUUGCAUUUGAAACAAAGAUGUGUAUUGUCAACUUCUUUUACUGGAUGGAGCUACACUGAGCAUGAAUACUCGAGAGAUUUAUAAAUGUCAGACUGGUCUGAUUUUGAAUGGUUGAACUAUAUAAUAUGAAAGGAGGGAAAUGAGCCCAUAAUUGGUGUGGCUUUCUGUGGAAAGGGGCCAAAUUAUUCAUUUUGACUGAACUGUGAUUCUUUGCCUCUUGUUUCUAUUUGGUUUCUGUGUUGGAAUCAUCAUCAAUAGACAAAUGAACCAUGAGCUUGAUAUAACAUAAGUAUGGAAUAUUUCUGUAUCUAAAAUCAAUAUUGCAAGAGGCAGGGUGACUUGGGGCGGCUAGUCAAGACAAUGGUAAGUGUCAGUAUCAGAAGAGGUACUGAAAAUAUUACAUAUCAAAUGAAACUGCUUCAAACCCAAUGAAUUUAUAAACAUUUAUUUACUAUGGGUUUUUUUUUAAGCUGUAGUUCACUACUCUAAAGGUCGUCGCUUGGGCUCAUGUUUUCCAUAUGCAUGAAAUACAUUUUGCAGAGCUGCUUAGAGCCCAAAUAAAUAACCGAUGUAUGUUACCAUGGUUUAAUAAAUGAAAUGGUACAAAAUUCAAUUGUUAUUCUAUGUGUCCUCUAUGUGCAUCAGUAAUGAAGACUUCCUUGGGAUGAACUAUUUAUAUUAGGCAUGCUCAGUCACCAGCCUAUUCUGAAAACUAUCAUUCCUUUAUGAAUUUAGGUUUUCAGGACUAACUCAUAUACCCUUCUUUCACCAUAAAUAUGUGCCCAGAAUUUGAAUUGCUAACACAAGGGGAGCAGUUAUGCCUGAGGUUUGACUAAAUCAUCUGAACGCUUCUUUAUUUUUCAGUUUUUAAAAUUACAUACUUAGUAGCUACCACCACCUACAAAAACAUUUAUAUAAACAAAUACAUAAAAAUUAUGUGCAAAUCAUAAACUCUACAUUGUUUACAGUUUGUUUUAAAAUGUGUAAUAAUAUAUGUAUGCUAAUCCAAA